CAAGUGCUUCCCAAGCGGCAUCAGGCUGGUCUGCCACCGCUUUGCGCUGUUUUAAUCUCUCGGGGUCUCCUUCAAGAGUUCCAGUCAUGGCUUCCAAAGUCAUACCUUGGUAUAAGAAGAAGCAUGUGAGCCAAGUCAAAACUGAUUAUGCUUAUCAUCACACACAAAGCGUUGUGAAGCAUCAGACAGAAAGGAAAUCAAGCUCUAAAUCGUUGAGCCAGGUGCAGGCCCAAGCCACAGAGGCUAUGGCGGAACCAGCGUACACCAUACCGGCGUUCCGGCAGAGGACUGCUGAGGGGACAGAGGAGUACCAGAGAGUGAGCACGAAUGUUGGGAAAGGAUUGACCGUUAUUCAGGAGGAGCUGCACAGGAUGAGGGUUGCUACCAAGGCCAAAGUGGAUAGUCUGGCUAUCCAGAGAGAGGUUAAGAACAUGAUGGUGAAGAGGCUGGAUAUUUUGGAUGAUAUCCCCAAGAUGCCGGACUUCCUGAUUGCCCUGCGGCCCCACACAGUGUGGGAGAAGACCCCUGUCAAACUGUUCUGCACUGUGCAGGGAAACCCGAGGCCCAUUGUCAAAUGGUAUAAAGGCGGUGUGCCAGUCGACCCCUUGAGCGCUCCAGGAAAGUACAAGAUUGAAAACAAGUAUGGAGUCCACAGUUUGAUCAUUAGCAGGUGUGUUGUGAGUGAUACUGCUGAGUACAGCGCUGUGGCCACCAACCCUCAUGGCACAGCUAGCAGCAAGGCAAUGGUUGCUGUGAAGAGACCAGCAGGAGCCGGGGAGCUCUGCCAUCUUGGACUGGUGCCCCAUCUGACUGAGAUCCAUGCCAGUAAGCUGGAGGUGACCCUGCUCGAUCGUUUCUCAGUGUCCUUUGGUGUGGAGGAUGGCUCCAUCAGUCUGGUGUGUACCAUGGUGGUGGUACCCGACCUGCCUAACGUCCCCCCCCUCGCCCAGUGGUACAGAGAUGAUAAACUGCUGAAGCCCAGCAGCCUGGUACAGAUGUCUGUGGGUGGUGGUGUCGCCCGUCUGACUCUACCUCAGCUGGCCAAGGACGAUGAAGGCCUCUACACCCUCCGCAUCUUUACAAAGGACGGCACCGCUGAGCACAGUGCCUACCUGUUUGUCUCAGAUGCCGUCCCCUCUAAGCCCGGUGCCCCUGGUGCACCAAUGAGCGUGAAGGCAUAUGACAUCAACUCAGACUACGUCUUGGUUGCCUGGAAACCCCCAAACACCGUCAAUGAGGCAGCAAUCACCGGAUACUUUGUGGAUAGGUGUGAAGCAGGAAAAGACACCUGGGUCCAGUGCAACGACUCCCCUGUGAAGGUUUGUAAAUACCCGGUGCACGGCCUGAGCGUGGGACACUCCUACCACUUCCGGGUCAGAGCCGUGAACAGCGCCGGCACCAGCAGACCAUCACGUAUGUCGGACAAAGUGACCGCCCUUGAUGCUGCCGAGAGCGAAAGGCUGCAAGUGAUUAAAAUCGAAGGAAGAUACGACAUAGUCAUCAAGGAUGAUGACCUGGAAGGCUAUGUAACUCUACCGGGGGAGCCCACCGACGUACACGCGUCUGAGGUUUUCAAAUCGUACCUCGUCCUGAGCUGGAAGCCUCCCAGCCCCCGUGGACGAGCUCCACUGUGGUACAUCAUCGAGAAGUGCUUAGCAGGCACUGGAGCAUGGCAGCGGCUCAACACAGCAGUCAAACUUUGCUCCCCCCGUUACCCGGUUUAUGAUUUGCAAGAUGAGCAAAUGUACCAGUUCCGAGUGUAUUCGGUCAACAUGUACGGCUGCAGCGAGGCCUCAGCGCCCUCCGAGCCUGUCCAAAAGGUGGAUAAAGAUGGUGUCCCCUCCGCUCCCGGUAAGGUCGUUGCCACCAGAAACACCAAGUCGUCCGUGUUUGUGCAGUGGGAAGCUCCCAAAGCUCUGAAAAACCUGAUGGGAUAUUACAUCGAUGGCCGCGUUGUCGGAGCCAAGGACUGGUUCCCCUGUAAUCACAAACCUUUCAAGCACACCAGGUUUGUGGUCCACGGCCUGAUCCCUGGAGAGACCUAUGCUUUCCGUGUCCAAGCUGUCAACGUCUUUGGUCUCAGUGAUGAGUCUCAGGAGUCCUCUCCCAUCGCUGUGGAGUCGGCCCUCGCCACUCCCAGUGCUCCAUACGGCAUCACCUUGCUGAACAGCGACGGCUCCUCCAUGACUAUCGCCUGGAAGAGUCCCAAACACUGCGGCGGCUCUAAGGUCAAUGCUUUCUACGUUGACAAGAGAAACGCAGACACUUUGGUGUGGAAGGAGGUCAACCUGCAGGCUGUCACUGAGAGGAUCUGCACUAUUGACAGUCUGACAGAGGGAACCUUCUACGAGUUUAAGGUCCAGGCCGCUAACAUGGCCGGUGUGGGCGUGCCCUCAGCUCCCAGCGCCGCAAUGAAAUGUGAAGCUUGGACCAUGGAAGAGCCGGGCCCCGCCUACGACCUGAGCUUCAGUGAGGUCAGAAGUCACUCCCUGGUCCUCCUGUGGAAAGCUCCCAUCUACACCGGAGCUGGUGCAGUCACUGGAUAUCUUGUGGACAUGGCCAAGAAGGGGUCAUCUGAGUUUGUCACUCUGAACCAGGAAGCUGUGAGCCACCGUUAUCUGAAGGUGUCAGGUCUGGAGGAAGGUGAAAGCUACGUGUUCAGAGUUCGUGCUGUUAAUGCAAAGGGUGUGGGAAAACCUUCUCAGGUGUCCGAGCCGGUCUGUGCCAAAGCUCUGCCAGGCACCCAGGAGAUCGUAGCUGGAGUGGAUGAGGAGACCGGAGAUGUCUUCCUGUCUCUGGAGGCCUGUGAGAUCUGUGACACGUCCAAGUUUGUCUGGUCCAAGAACUACAAACCCAUCGGAGACUGCCCCAGGGUCGCUGUGACAAACAAGGGCAGAACUUCCAGACUGACUUUCACCAACCCUGAUAAAGACGAUUUGGGAAAAUACUCUGUGGUGGUCACCGACACAGACGGAGUCUCUUCUAGCCACACUCUGACUGAGGACGCUCUGAACACCAUGCUGGAGCUCAGCUACGCCAUCAGACAUCCAGUUGUUCCUCUGAAACAUGGUCUGAACUACGAGAUCUUGGAGAAGGGUCACGUGCGUUUCUGGCUGCAGGCCGUCAAACUGUCGCCAUCUGUGUCCUACAGGUUCAUAGUUAAUGACAAGGAGGUCACCAGCGGGGAGGGACAUAAGAUCAGUCACGACGUGGCCUCAGGAAUCAUCCAGAUGACGGUCGAUCUUUUUACCAGAGCCAACGAGGGCACGUACACCGUCCAGAUCACCGAUGGCAAGGCCAAAACUCAGAGCUCCCUGGUGCUGGUUGGAGACGUGUUCAAAGUUGCUCUGAAGGAGGCUGAGUUCCAGAGGAAAGAGCACAUCAGGAAGCAAGGUCCACAUUUCUCUGAGUAUCUGUAUUUCACUGUCACUGAGGACUGCACUGUCAUGCUCGCCUGCAAGGUGGCUAACGUGAAGAAGGAGACGACUUUCCACUGGUACAGAGAGGACGAUGAGAUCGUUCCAGAAACUCCUCCAAAUGUCAUGUCUGGAGCCUGUGCUCUCCCCAUCCCUCUGUUCUCCAGGAAAGAUCAGGGCAUCUUCAAGGCCACACUCAGUGACGACAGAGGAAAGGACACGUCUGUGUUUGAUAUUUCAGGACAAGUGUUUGAUGACAUCAUUAACGCCAUUGCUAAGAUCGCUGGUUCAUCUGCCUCUGAUCUGGUGCUGCAGUGUACUCCAGAGGGCAUCAGGCUGCAGUGCUACAUGAACUACUACACAGAGGAGAUGAAGACCAUCUGGAAACACAAGGAGAGUAAGAUUGCCUCCUCUGAGAAGAUGAGGAUCGGUGGAACAGCUGAGAUGGCCUGGAUGCAGAUCUGUGAUCCAUCCGACAAGGAGAAGGGUCACUACUCCAUCGAGAUCUCAGACGGCGAGAAGACUCACACCAGGACCUUUGAUCUCUCUGGACAAGCAUACACUGAUGCCUAUGAGGAGUACCUGAGACUUAAGGCAGCUGCAUUCGCUGAGAAAAACCGCGGCAGAGUUGUCGGUGGUCUGCCUGACGUCGUCACUAUAAUGGAAGCGAAGUCUCUGAGCCUGACCUGUACCGUGUGGGGCGAGCCGACACCUGAGGUCACCUGGUUCAAGAAUGAGCAGGAGGUCGCCUCCAACGAGCACACCAGGGUCACGUUCGACGGUGGCAAGUUUGCCAGCCUUGUCAUCAACAAAGUCACUCCCGACGACUCGGGCAAGUACAGCAUCAACGUGCGGAACAAGUACGGCGGCGAGUUCGUCGAGAUCACCGUCAGCGUGUACCGGCACGGCGAGCAGAUCCCAGUGGCCAAAGUAGGACAACCCAAAACACCUGCUGCCACGCCUGCAUCCACGCCUGUGCCGCCCAAGUCCCCAGCUCCCCCCUCCAAGACCCCCACUCCCACCCCCUCCAAGUCCCAGACCCCGAUGUCCAUGAAGAGCCCAACUCCAGCCUCCACCCCUGCUUCUACUCCCGUCCCAAAAUCUCCAACCCCGACCCCCAAGUCUCCAACCCCGACUCCAUCUCGCGGUGUCAAGUCGCCAACCCCACCCAGAUUCAUGAAGUCCCCGACCCCACCCAGAAAGUAAAUGGUGGUUGCCAGGGGUUUUCUGUUAGCAUGAGUGUGAAACCGAGAGCUGUUCAUUUGAAGUUUCUGUAGAGGUAGCUGCUGUAAAGUCCCUCUAUGUGAGCUAGCUGCAGGAAAUAAAAAAAAAACAUUAGAGGGACUUUUACAGCAGCUGCAAACAUUCAGUAGAUGUCCUGUAUGGUUAAA